AUGCUUGACAAACUCGUGGGCAUCGCCAUGCUCGUGGCCGCCACGGUCGUCUUCCUCUACUACACCUUCUGGACCUUCCCUUCGUCGACUCGGACCACCCCCUCCAGAACUUCUUUCCCCCUCGCGUCUGGGCCGUCCGUAUCCCCCGUCAUCCUCAUCCUCCUCGCCUCCGCCGUCGUCGGCUCCUUCCUCGGCGUCGUCAUGAUCCGGAGCAACAAGAAGAAGGCCGCCAAGGCCAAGGCCGCCGCCGCGAAGAAGAAGACGUAA